AUGGCUGACGCCGACGACGGAGCUUCUGCCCCCGCAGAGCCACUUGAUCUUGUGCGCCUGUGCUUGGACGAGAUUGUGUUUGUAAAGCUGAGGGGAGACAGAGAGUUGAAAGGCAGACUCCAUGCAUAUGACAGCCAUUGCAAUCUGGUACUAGGAGAUGUGGAGGAGACGAUCUAUGUCGUGGAAGAGGACGAGGAUGAAGAGGAGACCGUCAAGACAAUUCACAAGAAGUCCGAGAUGUUGUUCGUAAGAGGCGACAGCGUGGUACUCAUCUCUCCUCAAGGACCAUCAUGA